AUGUCAAAGAUUCUUUCCAACAGCCUCGUACGGAACAUGGCAACGACCACGACCGCGGCCGCGACGUCAUCGUCGUCCUUGACAAAAGCCGCUGGAGAUAUCUCCUCGGUUUUCCCAAGUCUUCGUCCAGACUACAAGCCAGAACCGCUCCCGCCUCGAUUCAAGGAUCUCAAGCAGGAGCUGUUUCAAAAAAAUGAAGCUGCUCUAAAGGAAAGCUGGGACAGAUUGCUUCCGAGUUUGAAAGAGGAAGUGGAGAAGAUUCGGGAACUUGGUAGUGAUAUAAUUCCCUCGGUUUCAUAUUCUGAUCUUGUUGCUGGCAAGAUGUCAGCACAAACCUUGGCCGAUAUCAAACACCGCGGCUCCGUGGUGAUUCGCAACGUCGUGCCCCGAGACACAGCGUUAGAAUGGAAAGCCAGGACGAAAGGGUACAUUGCUGCCAACAAGGAAAAAGUGAAAGCAUUUCCUGCCGACUCGCCAGCUGUCUAUGAACUGUACUGGGCCCCGGCCCAAACGGAAGCCAGAGCACACCCCAACGUGCUGAAAACACAGGGCUUUUUGCAACAACUAUGGCAUUCCUCCGACCCAGACACACGCCUAUCUGUGACGAAUCCGCUCACAUAUGCGGAUAGAUUGAGAAUCAGACAGCCCGGAGACUCCAAAUUCACCCUGGGCCCCCAUGUAGACGGCGGGUCUCUCGAGCGCUGGGAAGACCCAGAGUAUGCAAGCGUCUACACCAAAAUAUUCCAGGGAAAAUGGGAAGAAUACGACGCGUUUGACGCCAAACACCGAGUAAAAGCUAAAAUGGACAUGUACAAUGGCGCCGGGGCGUGCUCCAUGCUACGGCUUUUCCAGGGUUGGCUUGCCAUGUCCGACACGGGGCCCGGGGAGGGGACCCUGCAUGUCUGCCCGAUGAUUACGCACAGUACAGCAUACACGAUGCUUCGCCCGUUUUUUGACCUUGAGUCGUCUCUGCCAAACAUGGACGUUACAUUCCCCGGGUCAGUGCCGGGGGCGUGUCAAGAGUACAACCCAGUAACGCACCCGCAUUUGGAUCUCCUGACAACCAUGGUCCCAGUACCGCGUGUUGAGCCCGGAGACUAUGUAGCGUGGCAUUGCGAUUCCCUACACUCGGUCGAUAAGGAGCACAACGGCGCUGGCGAUUCGAGCGUGCUUUAUAUCCCUGCUACUCCGCUGUGCGAUAUGAACGUUGACUAUCUCUUGAAACAGCGCGAGGCCGCGUUGCAGUACUCGCCGCCUUGGGAUUUCCCAGGUGCUGGGGGUCCCGGCGAGACUGGGUUUAAGGGGGCUGUGGAUUGGUCCUCGGUGUCUCCCGAGGGCCAGCGUGCAAUGGGCUUGGGCUCGCUGAAAUGGGAAGUCUCGGAGAGUAUGAGCGAGGGGGAAAGGCAGGCUAUUGCAACGGCAAAUAAGAUCUGUUUCGAAAAUUAA